AUGGGCUUGUCAGUAAACACAAAUGCACGCAUGUGGGGAGGAGUGGGAGAUAUCAGGGUAGGACAAUGUGAGAAUGACCCAGGAUGAGGCGGCAGUCAGCUUAGGGCAGACGUGGGGGGCACAAAAAUGUAUCUGAAGAUGACAUGAUCACACCAGAGGUCUAGAGGCCUCUCUCCAUGAUGGUUACCGCCCAGACCUUGCCAGGCCCAGUGCCCUGUGGUCCCCACCCUGGUGCCUGCCCAGCCUGGCAGCGUUCCUCUGCAGCCUCCUGCCAGCACAGCCAGCCCCCUGCCCCCACGGGUGUCCAUGCCAGAGCAGCAUUCCGCAAGCCUGGCUGCAUCUCCCCAGCAGAGGCUGAGCAAGGGGGCCACUCAGCAGCCGUCAGGGCACAUGGCUUGAGGGGCCUGGACCACUUGGCCCCACUGCUCUGGUCCUGGGCCAGCCACCUUAAGGGACUUGGUCACUGCAGCUGUGGUGCAAGAUCUUACAUCGCCUGCCCUAAGUAGCCCUGUGCAGCCUGAAGCUACCAGUUGCUGGUUGAGAAGACAACCGACUCACCGGCGGCUGAGUUCUCGCUGGUGGAGGACGUGGCGCUGCACUUUGCCUGCUUGAUGGGCCGCCUGAAUGAGCAGCGCCUCUUCCAGCCCGACCUCUGCGACGUGGACCUUGUGCUGGUCCCCCAGCGCAGUGUCUUUCCGGCACACAAGGGCGUGCUUGCUGCCUACAGCCAAUUCUUCCACUCACUCUUCACCCAGAACAAGCAGCUGCAGCGUGUGGAGCUGUCCCUGGAGGCACUGGCACCUGGUGGCCUGCAGCAGAUCCUCAACUUCAUCUACACGUCCAAGCUGCUGGUCAACGCAGCCAACGUCCACGAGGUGCUCAGCGCCGCCUCAUUGCUGCAGAUGGCUGACAUUGCCGCAUCCUGCCAAGAGCUGCUGGAUGCCCGCUCCCUAGGCCCACCGAGUUCUGGCACUGUGGCCCUGGCCCAGCCAGCUGCCAGCUGCACCCCAGCUGCGCCACCCUACUACUGUGACAUCAAGCAGGAGGCAGACACCCCAGGCCUGCCCAAGAUCUACGCCCGCGAGGGCCCUGACCCUUACUCAGUGCGUGUUGAGGACGGAGCAGGGACUGCUGGUGGCACAGUGCCUACCACCAUUGGGCCAGCCCAGACAUUCUUCAAGGAGGAGAAGGAAGGUGGUGUGGAGGAGGGUGGUGGGCCCCAGGCCAGCUUAUGCAAGCUGGAGGGUGGGGAGGAGUUGGAGGAAGAGCUUGGGGGUUCUGGCACCUACAGCCGCCAGGAGCAGUCCCAGAUCAUCGUGGAGGUGAACCUCAACAACCAGACACUGCACGUGUCCACGGGGCCGGAGGGGAAGCCUGGUGCUGGGACGAGCCCAGCCACCAUGGUGCUGAGCCGGGAAGAUGGGCUACAGAGACACUCAGAGGAUGAGGAGGAGGAGGAGGAAGAGGAGGAAGACGACGAGGAAGAGGAGGGUGGUGGCAGUGGAGGAGAGGAGGAAGAGGAAGAGGGUGGCAGUCAGGGAGAAGAGGAAGAGGAGGAGGAGGAAGGGCACAGUGAGCAGGAGGAGGAGGAAGAGGAGGAGGAAGAGGAAGGGCCCAGUGAGCAGGAUCAAGAGAGCUCUGAGGAGGAGGAGGAGGGGGAGGAGGGAGAAGCCGGAGGCAGGCAGGGGUCGCCCGUUAGCCACCGCAGCAGUAGGCCUGACCCUGCUCCCCACAGCCGCAUGGCCACGCGGUCUCGGGAGAAUGCCCGGCGCCAGGGCAACUCUGAGCCUGAGGAGGCUGGGCAGGGCAGUGGGAAGCGACCCAAGCUGUCUGCCAGAGUGGCCUCUGCACCAGCCCGAGUGCCUCCAGCCACUGACGGGCUGGGAGCCAAGGUGAAGCUGGAGGAGAAGCAGCAUCACCCAUGCCAGAAAUGCCCAAGAGUUUUCAACAACCGCUGGUACCUGGAGAAACACAUGAAUGUGACCCAUAGCCGCAUGCAGAUUUGUGACCAGUGCGGCAAGCGCUUCCUGCUGGAGAGCGAGCUGCUGCUGCACCGGCAGACAGACUGCGAGCGCAACAUCCAGUGUGUGACGUGUGGCAAAGCAUUCAAGAAGCUCUGGUCCCUCCAUGAGCACAACAAGAUUGUGCAUGGUUAUGCAGAAAAGAAGUUCUCAUGUGAGAUCUGUGAGAAGAAGUUCUAUACCAUGGCUCAUGUGCGAAAGCACAUGGUUGCCCACACCAAGGACAUGCCCUUCACCUGUGAAACCUGCGGGAAGUCCUUCAAGCGCAGCAUGUCCCUCAAGGUGCACUCACUGCAGCACUCCGGGGAGAAGCCAUUCAGAUGUGAGAACUGCAACGAGCGCUUCCAGUACAAGUACCAGCUGCGGUCACACAUGAGCAUCCACAUUGGCCACAAGCAGUUCAUGUGCCAGUGGUGUGGCAAGGACUUCAACAUGAAGCAGUACUUCGAUGAGCACAUGAAGACCCACACAGGGGAGAAGCCGUACAUCUGCGAGAUCUGUGGCAAGAGCUUCACCAGCCGGCCCAACAUGAAACGGCACCGGCGUACACACACUGGCGAGAAGCCAUACCCGUGCGACGUGUGUGGCCAGCGUUUCCGCUUCUCCAACAUGCUCAAGGCCCACAAGGAGAAAUGCUUCCGCGUCAGCCACCCCCUGGCCACUGAUGGCCCAACCUCCACCCCAGCCCUGCCCCCAACCCAGCCUCAGGCGCACGCGCUGCCCCUGCUCCCAGGGCUACCCCAGACCCUGCCGCCCCCGCCACACCUGCCGCCCCCACCUCCGCUCUUCCCCACCACUGCCAGCGCUGGCGGAAGGAUGAAUGCCACCAACUAGAUGCUGAGCUGCACCUGCUGGGACCUGGAACCCAGGAUCCACUCCAGGAGGGACCCCACUGCUCUCCUUCCUGGGGAGGGCAGCAGCACGAGCCUGGGCCGCUGCUCCCCACCUCCAGAGGUGGCUGGAUGUGCUUCGCCCGAGACCCCUACCCUGGGGGAUGUGCAGGCUGGCAGCCCCCAGAGCUGGUAGAGGACACCUCACUCGCAAGUGCCCCCCCCCCCUUUCUGCAACUCUUUGAAGCCUUUACUUUUUGCGUAUUUUGGAAGUGAAGGAAAAAGAAAAGAGCAAACUUUGCAGCACCCACCUCCAGGUGAGGAGGGUGCUGGAGGCAGCAGGUACAGCGGGGAAGGGAGAAGCCCAGGUGGCAGGUGUGGUGGCCAGUCGUGCUGCUGAGGCCUGAGCCAGAGGACAGGGUUGGCCAGGCCCACCCUGGAUCUGCCUCAGUGGUUUAUCCCCACAUUCCCAUGCCCCUAAUUUUCUCCCUUACUCUGGAGGGUUUGGGGAGAAGUUGGGGUGCCAGCCCCCUAGAAGAGUUGUGGACCCAGUCGGGAAUGCUGUGGACACCAAGGCAGGGCUUGAGACUGGACACCAGUGAGCAAGGGUGGGGAGGGUCAAGAAGCAGGGACUGAAGCCCUGGCUCUGCACCAAGCAGAGUGGGGAAGGCAGGGGCUGGUCCCCAGGGGCUUGCUUUCCCCACCCACAUCCCUGCCAGCAGGCCCAAGAGUUCCCAACCUGCACCAGGCAGCACUGAGUGUCCUGAGCCCUGGAGAUGUCCCCAGAAGCUGCUGGACCUCAGUGCUGUAGACCAGGCCCUGCGGAGGCAGACAGGCUGCCUCCUGCAGUACCAGCUCCUGGGGGCUGGAGUAAGGAACCCCUGAAAACCGGUUAGACUCCCAGGGGCAGGAUCCAAGGAGGAAACCUGGACAAGUAUUUGGGGGUUUCAAGGUGCUACCAGUGGCUAUCAGUGGGGCAGGGGCAGAGCUGCUGCUCACAGAGCACCUCCGCCACUUACCAGCUUCCCUGGCCAUUUAUUUCACACCAGAAGGAGACGUGUGUGUCUGUGUCCGUCUCUGCUCCCCUAUGGCCCAUGCUAGGCCCAGCCACAACCUGCCCCUGUCUGGCUCCAGCAUCCUGGUCCUCCUGGGCCUCUGCACAGGUGGGUGGGGUGCUCACAGCACUGCCGGUAAGAGGAACCCCAGGGGUCAGGGGAGCCCAGUCUGGUCCUGGUGCUUGCCCUCGUGAGGCCAGCACUAAAUAGGAAACUUUUUUUUUGUCAUUUAAUGUCUUUAUUCCUGCCUUUAAUCUGGGGCAGAAGGUUCCAUAAGCUACAUGUUUCCUAGUUAAGCUCUUUCCUCUUGUGUUUAUACAGUUUUGUUUGUUAUACUCUUUGCACCUUAAACCCCCACUACUCCCCCACACUACCACCUUCCCAGCAUGGCCGGGGUGGGAAGAGGCCUGGGCCCAAGGGGCAUGGUUGGGGGCACUGAAACCCUCUAACCUCCCUGUGAGGCCCAUGGCACUGGGGCAGGGGGCUGGGGACAUUUUAAUCAUCAAUAAAUGAAGCACUUUAUUCU